GGGCAGGAUACUGAGGCAGCAGCAGAAAAUGCCACCGUUUCCUGAAAUAGACAACCAUGGCUUCAACACUGGAGACUACGUGGAUGACUCUAAGCCUGUUUGGUCUACAGGCAUCAAUCCUGUUCCAAAUGACGGCACCCCUUCUGACCCAGAAAAGGAGCUGUCUCCUACAUACUCGGCUCUUUCUCUAUGCAAAGAAACACCGGAGCCAGAAGAGGUUGAUCCUUGGGACAUGCCAGAACUCAAGAGCACAGGGCCCAAAUGGGCAGAAAUGACCACCAAACAACGAAUUCUGUCGGUGCUCCUGGGAAUGGUAAAGUCUGUCCUCUUGGUGACGCUGUUGUACUUUUUCGUUUGCUCUUUGGACAUUCUGAGCUCCGCAUUUCAGUUAGUUGGAGGUAAAGCUGCGGGAGAUAUAUUCAAGAACCAUUCUGUGUUGUCCAAUCCUGUUGCUGGGAUUGUUAUCGGCGUUCUGGUGACUGUCCUCGUGCAGAGUUCCAGCACAUCCACGUCUAUUGUGGUCAGCAUGGUAUCAUCAAAUAUUUUGACAGUCAGAUCAGCAAUACCGAUCAUCAUGGGGGCAAACAUUGGCACAUCUGUCACCAAUACGAUUGUGGCUUUGAUGCAAUCUGGAGAUCGCAAUGAGUUUAGAAGAGCAUUUGCAGGAGCCACAGUGCAUGAUUUCUUUAACUGGCUCUCAGUGCUGGUUCUGCUGCCCAUUGAAGUAGCUACGGGCUAUUUAUUUCAUCUAACCAGUGUCAUUGUGAAAUCGUUCAAUAUCCAGACAGGACAGGAUGCUCCAGACAUGUUAAAAGUUAUCACAGAGCCUCUCACAAAAGGGAUUAUUCAGCUGGACAAGAAAGUCAUACAAGAUAUUGCCAAUGGAGACCCCCUGGCUCAGAACAAAAGUCUGAUAAAGAAAGAAUGCAGUUAUAAGACCUUAGUGAAUAUAAGCUUGCCAAGCGCUGAGAACUGCACGUCUGCAUCACUCUGCUGGACCGACGACAACAAUGUGACAUGGACUGAAGGCUUUGAGACCAUCAAAGUUAAAUGUUCCCACCUGUUUGCUAGCACCAAUCUGCCAGAUCUCGCUGUUGGUCUCAUACUCUUGGCGCUGUCACUCUUUGUUUUGUGUGUCUGCCUGAUAUUGAUUGUGAAGAUCCUGAACUCCUUGCUGAAAGGACAAGUGUCUGUUCUUAUCAAGAAGGUCAUCAACACUGAUUUCCCAUUCCCUUUCUCAUGGCUAACGGGUUACCUGGCAAUGUUGGUUGGAGCUGGAAUGACAUUUAUCGUGCAGAGCAGUUCUGUCUUUACAUCUGCAAUGACUCCCCUUAUUGGCAUUGGAGUCAUAAGCAUUGAGCGCGCCUAUCCGCUGACACUCGGAUCUAAUAUUGGAACCACAACAACUGCGCUACUUGCAGCUUUAGCAAGUCCUGGUGAAACAUUGCAGAACUCUGUGCAGAUUGCAUUAUGCCACUUUUUCUUCAAUAUUUCUGGCAUCAUUGUCUGGUAUCCCAUUCCUUUCAUGCGUAUACCCAUUCGACUAGCUAAAGGGCUCGGUAACAAGACGGCCAAAUACAGGUGGUUCGCAGUGGUCUACCUGAUCUUGUGCUUCUUUUUGAUGCCGCUCUUGGUCUUUGGUUUGUCAGUUGCCGGCUGGCAGGCCCUUGUUGGAGUGGCCGUUCCAUUUGUGACCAUGAUUGUCGCUGUGAUUUCUGUCAAUGUUUUGCAGUCAAAAUGGCCAAGAAUUCUGCCAGAUUUCCUAAAGGACUGGGACUUUCUGCCUAAGUGGAUGCAUUCUCUCAAGCCUUGGGAUGCUUGUAUGUUAGGGGCCUCUCUGUGGUGCAAACAGUUCUGUUGCUGCUGCUGCGGCAAACAUUGCAAAGGGUGCAAGUGUUGUAAAUGUUGCCAUGACAAAGAGGAUGAGGAGUGUGACAUUGAAACCAAACCCCAAGCGCUGGAAUGGCAUGACAAUGUCAUCGAUCUUUCUGACGAAAUCAAGAAACCUGAAAGUGACGAGCAACAGAACAGUCAGAAUCUCACCUCAUUCUAAUAGGAGGUGGACGGGGUUCUAGAACUUUGUGGAACCAUUUAUAUUCUACGUACCUGACUUUAGUCUACAUCUACUGAAAUUAACAUCUCCCUAUACAACGUUUUAUAUUGUAGUGCUGAUAUGUCUCGUGAAAAAAAAAAAUGUACAGUAGAAGGAAAAAAAGAAGAGCUGAGAGGAAUCCGAAAAUUUCAUCAAGGUGUAUUUUUAGUGAUGGACUGGGAUGUCUUUCAACACUAGGGCCCGACAAACCCAAUUAAGUCUUCUUCUGUCUCCACCAAGCUUGGCCGUUUCUCUUUUGUCAUAAACUCCUCUAGUUUCCACUUUCUCUUCUUUUCUGCCUUUCUUACCUUUGCACUCACACUUCCAUUUGUCUUUCCUCUUCAUUUCUAAUGUUUCAUCCACUGUUUUUUCCCUAUCACUUUGUGUAGGAAUAGUCAGGCUCCAUGAAAAGUCUCCUGGAAUGUUAUUGGGUCAUUCUGAGUCCAUGUGUAUGUACAUAAGACCAAGAUGAAAGCAGAAAAGCGAGGCCAUAUAACAUACAUAUAUAUUUAACUUCUAUAUUUGUUUUUCUGCUAUUAAUAGUUAUGCGACAGCUUUUCCACUACUGAAGGGUUUUCAACCAAAUCUCAAGCAGCAGUUUGCAUUUCUGUAGUGAGAUGUUGUAGCAUCACAGUAAAAAUAUUUUAAGAGAUUAGUAAUGCAUCGAAUCCAGGAUUUGGCCAUAUACGGGGAGGCCCAUUUAUCAAAGGUCGAAUUUCAAAUUCAUGUGAAUUUUUUUUUUAGUUUGAAUAUACUCACAAUUUGAAUGUCUAAUAUGCAAUCUAAUGGUUCCAACUCAAAUAUUCAAAUUGUAUUUGAUUUGUACGAAUUGAGUUUUUUCUCCAAAAAAAAAAAAACUUGAAUAUCAGGAAGUCUAUUAACAUCUCCAAAUGGCUCAACGGACCACUGAGUUACACAUGUACUCGGCAGGUUUUAGGUGGCCAACAUUUGAAAUAGUACUGUUUCCAUGAUCGAUGUGUUAUAAAUUUAACAUUCCAAUUUACAUUCAAAUAGGGGGAUUAAAAUUCGAAUGUGUGAAUUGGAACACCAAAAAAAAUUGAAUUUGAAUUGAAUUUACUAUUCGACCCUUAAUAAAUCUGCCCCUUAGUAUUCAGCCAUACCAUAUCCAUAUUUUGAGACCUAUGGCAUACUAGGAUUUAUGCACUACACUGCUGUAAAUGCUUAGUGCAUCAUGGCCCCUGAUGUCAUGUGAAUUUAUAACAUUGGACAACAAGUUUUUUUGUUCAGAGAUACAAUUUUUUUGGUGCUACUAAAAUACAGCUAUUUCCACCCAAAUGUUUGCAUUUCCGCCAUUUUUACAGUUAUUAUAGUGGAUUUUCAUGUUGAAAUGACUUUUAGUAUGUAUGUAAAAGUUGAUGAUGUUCUAAGAUGCUUUGCCAUUUUAAGGUGAAAAUCCCUCUUUAAAGGGAUACUGU